AUGGCAAGGAGUAGCAAGUCAGCAGCAAGGACCCUGGAGGAUUUGACGCUAGAUUCUGGUUAUGGUGGAGCCGCAGACUCCUUCAGAUCAUCCAGUGCGUCUCUGUGUUGCUCAGAGGCACAUGGGGGGAAUUACUGGCAUCUAACCGACUCAAUGCACAGUCGACACAACAGUCUGGACACUGUUAACACGGUCCUGGUUGAGGACGCCGAGAUCCUGGAGUGCAGCGGCCAGUGCGCUAAACUACCCGAGCUUGAGGAUGUGCCGUGGAGCCUCGGGGAAGUGGCAAGCGCGCUGAACAAGGACGAGGAGAUGAGCCUGCCGACACCUCCCCAGGACGUCCUGCUCAGGCUUUCACUGCUGGUCAGCCGCGUCCUGGUCAGGGUAGCCAAGGAGGCGCAGCGCCUGAGUUUGCGCUACGCCAAAUGCACUAAAUACGAGAUCCAAAGUGCCAUAAAGAUCAUCCUGUCAUGGAGCGUCUCGAUGAGCUGCAUCGGCGCGGCCGUCAGUGCCUUGUCCAUGUACAGUAUGAGCACGGAUGAGGAUAAGUUCGGCCGCGGGAAGUCGGCGCGCUGCGGGCUCAUCUUCAACGUGGGAAAGUUCUUCAGGUGGAUGGUGGACAGCAGGGUGGCGGUCAGGAUCCACGAGCAUGCGGCCAUCUACCUGGCCGCGAGCAUGGAGGGCCUCUUCAGAGAGGUGUACGCGCGGGUGCUGCGCAGUGCGCUGCUGGAGCGCGACAACGGGAUCCCCAAGUUCACCGUGGAUAUCGUGGAUCAGGCCAUCAACGGCGACGCAGAGGUGUGGGGGUCUGUGCAGCCCUGGCAACACCUGAUCUGUGGGAAGAAUGCGAGCGGUGUCCUCAGCCUUCCUGAGGGUCUGACUCUUCAUAGGGAGCAGCAGAGAGCAGUGAAGUGCGGAGAGGGGAACUCCUUCAGUCAAUCUGAGCUCCGUACCAUCGAGCAAUGCUUACUGGCCACAAGGGUUGGCAGCAUUUCCGAACUCAGUGACCUGGUGUCCAGAGCCAUGCAUUUCCUUCAGCCACUGUACACGAAGAAUCACAGCAAUGGGACGCCACUCCACCACAAAAGCUGCAUGAUUCACUGGUCGCCUGAAGCGAUGUACACACUGUGCUACUUUAUGCACUGUCCUCACAUGGAGUGGGAAAACCCCAACGUUGAGCCCUCCAAGGUUACCUUACAAACAGAAAGGCCGUUUUUGGUGCUGCCACCACUGAUGGAGUGGGUGCGAGUGGCUGUUGUCCAUACUGAGCACAGGCGAAGCUUCUCUGUAGACAGCGAUGAUGUCCGGCAGGCUGCCAGGCUGCUGCUGCCUGGAGUCGACUGUGAGCCACGCCAGCUCCGAACGGAUGAUUGCUUCUGUGCCUCAAGGAAAUUAGAUGCUGCCUCUACUGAGGCAAAGUUCCUGCAGGACUUGGGCUUCCGUAUGCUCAGCUGUGGACGUACAGACCUGGUAAAGCAGGCCGUCAACCUGCUUGGGCCAGAUGGAAUCAACAGCAUGAAUGAGCAGGGGAUGACCCCGCUGAUGUAUGCAUGUGUCCGUGGAGAUGAGGCCAUGGUGCAAAUGCUGCUUGAUGCAGGAGCAGACAUUAAUAGUGAGGUGCCAAACACAUUGCACAAGCACCCCUCAGUCUUUCCCGAAACGCGGCAGGCGACAACUCUCACAUUCGCUGUGUUACACGGACAUGUGCCUGUGGUGCAGCUACUGCUGGAUGCCAAAGCUAAUGUGGAGGGUUCCCUGCAGGAUGGGAUGGAGAACUAUACAGAGACCCCGCUGCAGCUGGCAGCCGCUGCAGGUAACUUUGAGCUGGUGAGUUUGCUGCUGGAGCGGGGUGCCGAUCCCAUGGUGGGAACCAUGUACCGUAACGGGAUUUCCACUGCCCCACAAGGAGACAUGAACUCCUACAGCCUUGCUGCUGCUCAUGGACACAGAAACGUGUUUCGAAGGUUGUUAUCUCAUUCGGAUAAAGGAAAAGGUGAUGUUUUGUCAUUGGAAGAGAUUCUGGCUGAAGGUUCAGAACUAGAAAGUAGAAGUUCAUCUCAGGUUGAUCUAAUCAGAAGUGGGAAGGCCAAACUUAAAGCUCUCAAAGAAGCUAUGUACCACAGUGCCGAACAUGGACACGUUGACAUCACCAUAGAUAUUCGAAGCCUUGGGGUCCCGUGGACACUACAUACUUGGCUUGAGUCUCUGCGUACAUGUUUUCAGCAGCACCGCCGACCUUUGAUCCAAGGUCUUCUGAAAGAAUUCAGCUGCAUUGAGGAAGAGGAGUACACCGAGGAACUCAUCACACAUGGCCUUCCUCUGAUGUUUCAAAUCCUUAGGGCCAGCAAGAAUGAAGUGAUCAGCCAGCAGCUGUCUGCUAUCUUUACUCAGUGUUAUGGCCCUUAUCCCAUUCCCAAACUGUCAGAGAUAAAGAGAAAGCAGACAUCCCGACUGGAUCCUCACUUCCUGAAUAAUAAGGACAUGUCUGAUGUGACUUUUUUGGUUGACGGGAAGCCAUUUUAUGCUCACAAAGUCCUGCUCUUCACAGCUUCCAACAGAUUCAAAACUCUUCUAGCAAACAGACCCUGUGGCGAAAAUACAUGCAUUGAAAUCAGCAACGUCAAAUAUCAUAUAUUUCAGCUGGUGAUGCAGUAUCUUUACUUCGGAGGAACCGACGCUCUUCACAUCAGGAGCACAGAUGUUAUGGAGCUGUUGUCUGCAGCCAAGUUCUUUCAGCUGGAAGCUCUGCAGAGGCACUGUGAGAUCAUCUGCACCAAGAACAUUAACACUGAAACUUGUGUUGAGAUCUAUAACCACACAAAGUUUCUUGAUGCUCCAGACUUAGCAUCCUACAUAGAAGGCUUCUUCUUGAAAAACAUGGUCAUCCUGAUUGAACUGGAGCCUUUCAAACAGCUGCUGUAUGACACACCUCCUGAAAGCCCUGGCAGCGACAUCCUGCAGGCCUUGGAGAAAACUCUGGCCAUUCGCAUUCAGUCCAUUCACUUGUCUUCCUCCAAAGGAUCAAUAGUCUGAGCUCUUAUAUAGGGGAAAUGUUUGUUUAAAACAUUGUGUGCCCACAUUAUCUAGCUAGCAUAUGAAGUCCAUUCUAUAGCAAAAGCAAGUGCACUUCAUAGAAGGCACUAAAAUCGCAGUAACACACUGUCAUUCUACUGGCUGGAAAUGUUUAUUAAUGGAUAAAUGAUAAGUAAUACGUACAUGAUGAAAGGGAAGUAAACAGGAGGGAAUAAUAUUUGGUCAAGAAGCAUCGGAUAUCAAUACAGAAGCAACAUGAGGGCUGAGAAAGGCAUAAAUGUGAGCAAGCAUUAGUUUUUAAAUAGAUUUAAGGUAAAGCAAUUCUAACAUCAGAUACUGAUUGUUUGGAAUCUUGCUCUCAGAUUUAAAAUCUAUACUCUUUUAUUUUGAAAAAACAUUUCUCAAGACCUCAUGAGCAAUAGUUGAAAAAAAAAAGGAUCUGUGUGGUAGAACAUUUCCAGUUGAGAAUAAAAUCUGAGAACCACAGACCUUCAGAGUAUAAUCUUUGUUCGUCAUCAGUUGCUAACAUGCUUUAUGUUAUCUUAGCACAUGGUGACAAAUCUGUUUGCCUUGUUUAUAUGCAUCUACUAACACAACUGUCAUCUGGUAGUUGUAUUAAAUCUCAUCUUGCCAAUAGCAACUCAAACACAAUUAUGAGAGCUUCAGAAUAUGUGGUUAAAUAGAAUAUUCCUGGGUAUGACGAAGAACCACUGCCUCAUUUUGUGAUUGUUUGCUGGAAUACCUGUACAGAGCAGAUCAUUUGUAUAUUUAUGGAUCAGUUAUUUGCAAAUUACUGAGUAAAGCCAAACAAGUCUAGUAAAAGGCAACAAAAUAAAGAUGUGACUAAAGAAAUGGGACUUUUGAAAAAGGAAUUUUAUGUCCUUAACUGCUUUGUAAAUUUUGUGGAUAAAACAGAGAUAUUGAUGAUGUAAGUUAAUGUAUAUAUCCACACAUUUUUUUCAUGUGUCUUAAUGUUAGAUAUUGCUGUAAAAAGAAAUUUGUUCAUCUUAUAAACAUAAAUGUUUAAGUGUUGCAUGUUUGAACCUAAAGAACUGUUUUCACAUUUUGGAAUCGUCUGUCAUUACCGUGGGUCACUAUUAAUGUGUCACUGUAAAAUACGAUCUUUUGGUUGUUUCUUAGAGGCUGCAGGGAUGUUUAUUCAAACAUAAUGCUACAGGAAUUUUUAUUUUCUUUCCCAGAGAUUUGCUUUUAACUUGUGGUGCUGGCUCUUAUCUUUUAUUCUGUUUGAUGAGGAGUUUUUAGGGCAGCUCUGUUGUCAUUUUAUCCUCUGCAGCAAAAGGUCAGAUCUCUGCUGGUAGUAAGUUUAAUGUAGGAUCCAGCAGUGCUCAUGGCAGUAGGGUCCAAAUUGCCUGAAAUCUGUGACAAAAAUAAAGAUA